UUCGGUGCUGCCGUACGCACUUUAGGAACCUUCUUCGAACACGCUACUAAUCUAGACCUUGCAUAGUAUCCGCGGCCCCUGGCUUGUUCAAGACAUGAUCACAAAUAAAGAAUGGGUGCCGUUCCUGUGCCGCGAAAAUCAGGCCAUUUCUUUUCCACCUGCUUGGCCGAGCGACCAGAAACUGUCUCUACUACAAUAAAUCCCCCACAAUCCAGCAGACAUGCCAUUGACUUGGAAGGAGACACGACCGGGGCGAUGGGAGCGCCCGCAGUCAUGCUUGGAGAAGGUCAACCUUCUGAACCGAAACGUCGACAAAGCGCUUGACCGAGAUAAUUGGGCCAAAACCGCUGUUGCUAAAGUCGAAUUUGACCCCAAGCUCGGAGAUCCGGUGCAGGCCUUGAAGACAGCUUGGAAGCAAGUGCGGUACAACUAUCCCGAAGUCGCGGCUUUCCCCUAUAAUGGAACGUAUAUGUAUCGAAUCGGAAACCCAGAGCAGAUACAGCUAUGGGUAUCGGCAACCUUUGUCGUAGAGCACAACACCACCAUCGAUGAGCUUUUCGGCCACCUUCCCAGGAAUGAACAGAUGAUGUGCUAUUAUCUUCCCGACACCUCAGAGAUACUCGUCCGUUCGCCACACUACCGACUUGACGCUCGGGGGGCCAUCUUCAUCCUCAACUAUCUCAUUAAAUCAUUGGCCAACCCAGACCCCGUCCUCAUCUUCGGUGGCUGCGCGGGAAAUCUUUCUCCAAGUAUCGAUGAUGCGCUCAAUAUACCUUUUGAGUACACUCCGAAGAUUGAGGAAGCCGCCACAAGACGAAUGGCCUCAUUAAAUGCGCACAAUCCUCUCAUUGAGCUUACGCCCAAUGCUAAACCAAAUCGUGCGGGUGCGACAAGGCGCCGCUUUCUAAAAUUCAGCGAGGCCGAAACCAAGUCAAUCACGAAGGGAGCUAAGUCGGCGGGCAUGGACUACACCGCUGCGAUGCAUGCAGCUGUAAUUGCUGCUGUCGUGCGACUUGCACCGCCCACAGAGGUUCAAAGCUACAUGGCUUCGUUCCACUGCGAUCUUCGCUACCUCAUUCCGAAAUCAAGCAAGACUAAGGCUGCUCCGAUAGUGUGCACCGAUGCGAUAACCACGGAGAUUGAGGUUUCCCCUUCAACAAACCUGAAAUCGUAUUACAACCAACUCGCGCCGGUAUACGCUAAUGGAUACGCACCCUACCUCGAGUCCAGCGCCUGUUUCCACGACAAGCUGGCAAAAGAGAAGUACGCUGACGGCAAGGGAUACGAAUCGACCGAUGGCCAAGCACAGCCUCGUCUAGGGCCCUUAGGUAUCAUCGACGACCAGCUCACCAAACACGUCAAAGGUGUAGUGCGUGUGAAGGAUUUCUGGCUGGGAGGCGAGACGCUCACCAAACGGAAGAUGGUGCACAACUGGAUCUGGGAGGACCAGAUGACGUUUAGCUGCUGCUACAACGAGAAAUACUGGGAUGACCAGUUUGUGGAACUUUUUCUGCAGACGAUUAAGAGUGUGUUGAUGGAGGAGGUGGCUAAGACGUCAUCAUCCAGCUUGUCUAGCAAGCUGAAGGGCAUGAUGCUGAAGUGAAACACCGUCUUUGUGAGGUUCGGCGGAGUUUGGAUGUUUGAAGGCGCAACAUAUACCACUGUCUUUUGGGGCGGUAUUCUGGCAUUGCUUCGGCGUCUAUAAUCACAACGUAUAUGAAUCAAUUACUUCUACGCC